CAAGCAGGCGUCAUUUACACCUAUUUCUCGCUGUUCUCCACUUCUCCCGUUCAUUCUGUCUGUCCGAUAAUGAGAAACUCGAUCGCCUGUGUUCCAUGCCGAACUGCCAAGUUGAAAUGUUCACAUCGCAAUCAGCAACCACCCUGCGAUCGAUGUAGAGCAUCUGGCAAGGCCGAUGCCUGUCAAUUCCCAGAGCGAUGGACUUCUGCCCUACAUCGACAGCCAAAGAAACCUCGCCAGCGUCAACGGGAUCAGCUUGGCCCCAAUCGCGUACAAGUUCUUAAUCAGCUGACAAGCGAACCAACUCGACCAGCUGGCCCAUCCAGAUUCUUAGAGAGUCCCAGUGCUACUGGUAGAGAAAUCCAGCGAGAUAAUACAGGAGAGAGGCAGCUAUCUCAAAAUCCAUUGGACUGGUUGGCGGACGACGUGCAAAAUAGCUAUUUGCGAUGCUCCUACAAGUGGUGCUUCCAUCACAAGCCGACUCUCUUACGUAAAAUUAGAGAUGGCACGAUUGACAAGGCCAUGGCAUGGGCCAUUCUCGCCCUGGCGUCGAGGUAA